CUCGAUAAAAUGAAGGUGCCGGAGGAGGAGUUAAUGAGUGACAUUUUGAAACGUCUGACAGGUGAGUUGGCGUUGCCAGUUUACAGCAACAUUGAGAAAUUCAAACGAGGCAAGGAUGGCUUCUACGUGGUGGCUGAGGACUUCCACGAAACUGUUAAAAAAAGAGAGCAAGUCAACGCCAAGGAACGGCUGAGGAUAAGGAACCUGAACACCAUGUUCUCUCGCUUGAAGCGCAUGGUACCGUUGAUGCGACCAGACCGCAAGCCCAGUAAAGUAGACACACUUAAAGCUGCAACGGAGUACAUUCGAUUGUUACUUGCAGUUCUACAGGACACUGAUAAUACUGAUGGUAACCAGACUGACUUCAUACAGCAAAGAACUGUAGGCCUCAAAUUUCUGAGUAUGCCGGAGGACAACAUUGAAGAUAUCUUCACGAUGCCAUCAGAAACAGGAACAGAAGACGAAGAUCUGACGAGUCUAGUGUUGCAACAUUGCGUGAUGCCUUCCUACCAGUUCAUCAUUCAAGUAGCACCUGAUCAAAACUCGAUCUCCCUACCUUGUUGAAUGAUGUUUGGAAACAUACCAGGGAUCGUUAAUUUGAAGAAAGGAAUUUUCCAGAAGAUGGUGUUCUAUUUCCUAUUUUACUUUUGAAACUUAGUUGUAAUUGGUUGUUGGUAUAUAAAAUGUAUUUGUUUCACCAAAUAUAUCCUUGGCCACAUUUUGAAGUGUACAUCCAAGUGAUUUUGUAAAGGAACGGCAGUGCUCCAGUUAUUUGUACAAUCCUAAUAAAAACUUUUGACUGCCAAUAAACUGAAUAAUGAAUUGUGAGUUGUAUAUGCGUUAUUG